AUGGCCCCCUUCGAUCUCGACGCAUGUAUCGCCCAACUGCUUCGAAAACAGCUCCUCCAUGAAGUCCUCCUCCGUGAGAUAUGCGAGAAGACCAAGGAGGUGCUCAUGCGUGAAUCAAACGUCGUGCACGUCAGUGCGCCCGUAACGGUGGUUGGCGACAUCCACGGCCAGUUCUACGACCUGAUAGAAAUCUUUCGGAUAGGCGGAUACGCGCCAAACACAAAUUAUCUCUUUCUCGGCGAUUACGUCGACAGAGGGUUGUUUAGCGUGGAGACGAUCUCGCUCUUGACAUGUCUCAAGCUGCGGUGGCCGGACAGGGUCCAGCUGAUCAGAGGGAAUCAUGAGUCGCGGGCGGUCACCCAGACGUAUGGCUUCUACACGGAAUGUGUACGAAAAUACGGCUCUUCACACGUCUGGACGUACUUCACGGACAUGUUUGACUUCCUCACAUUGUCUGUGGUCAUUGACGACAAGAUAUUCUGUGUACAUGGCGGCCUGUCACCGUCAAUACACUCGAUAGACCAAAUCAAAGUCGUCGACCGCUUUCGAGAAAUACCUCAUGAAGGGCCCAUGGCUGAUCUGGUGUGGUCCGACCCUGAUGCUGAGAAGGAAGACUUUGCAAUAUCUCCGCGAGGCGCGGGUUACACCUUCGGCUCAGGCGUGGUCUACAAGUUUUUGGAGACGAACCAGAUGUCGCAUAUUCUCCGCGCACACCAGCUCUGCAUGGAAGGAUACUCUUCCCUGUUCGACGAACACUUGUCCACAGUCUGGUCCGCGCCUAAUUACUGUUACCGUUGUGGUAAUUCCGCGAGCAUCCUCGAGGUCGGUCCAGGCGGCUCUAUGUUCUUCAACGUCUUCCAGGCUGCACCGGAGAACGAGCGCGACGGACCAAGCCACCAGGCCGCACAGAACGCAGGAGGGAAGCUUCCGGAAUACUUUUUGUAG